GGAAUUGGUCUUGUCGGACGGGAACUCCGACAGCUCAGUAAAGAUGAGUCGAUGCUCUACUUGGUUUUCGAUGGGUGGACAGCGGAUGCUUAUUUCAUUGGUCUUCAGCAAUGUGGGUGUUGGGAUUGUUAUCUAAAUGGCCGUUCAAAUGAAUGGUUUCCUGUAACAAUUCAUGAAACUACCACACCACUGAUGACUGUCGUGCUCCGGGAGAAGACUGCAACGAGAAGCAUCGCACAUGGACCACGCUUCAUUCUAGCCUUUACGCUUUGCCUAUUCUGCCGCUUACAUGCUGAGCCAGAAUUUCCGGCGUUCGCACCGACAACAUCACGGCGAGACACGGAUGAUGUGUAAACGUGUGUGAAUUGAUCAAUUUUAAGUUCCGCGCCAUGGCAUUCUUUAUCCCACGCACGGCUGAUGCGAUCUGAGAUAGAGACAACGCAGACCACAAACUUCAAGCAGCCACCCAGAAGUCACGAUGGCUACACCCCGAGAGAAAGCGUUUGAUAUAAUUCAACUCCUCAAGGACCGAGGCGAAGACGACUAUAUCGGCGAAGAAGUGUCCCAAAUAGCGCACUCACUGCAAGCUGCAAAUCUCGCCAAGACGAGCAAUGCAGAUGACGAGACCAUCGUCGCAGCUCUGCUUCACGAUAUUGGGCAUUUCCUCCCUCCGGACCAAGUUCGAUCGAUAGCGCAUGAAGUUCGACACAUGUCCUCGUCGGGCGAUUCCUCCGAUCAAGGUGUCGGUCGCAUCGGACACGAGCGCAUAGGCGCGGAAUAUCUGCUUCGCGUCGGCUUUCCGCGCAAGGUCGCGGCCCUUGUCGGCUCUCAUGUUGUAGCCAAGCGAUAUCUCUGCGCGACGGAUCAAGGCUACCAUUCCACGCUAUCCGAUGCGAGCAAGAAGUCGUUGAUCUUCCAAGGAGGCCCGAUGGAGGGCGAUGAGCUAUCCAGGUGGGCGGGAAAUCCUUGGUGCAGGGAGAUGUGCCAGCUGAGGAAAUGGGACGACCGUGCGAAAGUUGUAGGAUUAGAGGUACCGCCGGUCGAGGCAUAUCAGGAGGUUAUCGAGCGUUUGCUUACAUGAUUCAAUGCUGAUACAAAUCGCGAUCUUGUGGCUUCGAUUUCGAAUAGAGUAGCUGCAAAUGCGGUUUACAACGCAUCACACGCGCACAGUGUACGGAAUCCCACUAACUCAUGGGUUUCCAGCCCGGUCUCAACCACUUUUGAUUGCUACUCUAGAAUCGUCAUGUUGAAUAUGCACCU